CUACAACGCCCACCAGCAGGAGAUCACCGAGCAGGCCAAGAAGGACUUUGUGGAGCUGCUCCUGGAGCACAUCGAGACGUUUGAAGACUUUGACAUGGAGAAUGUCAACGCUCACAUGGAGGCCAUCAUCCAGCACAAUCUCCAGAAGGAAGAGAGGUACAAGAACCUAGAUGGUCUCACCCACGAUCGGAGGCUACUACUGAUGAAGCAUGUCGCCUUCGUGGACAACCCUUGUCAGCAAACCUGCCCCUUCCAGCACCGAUGCAUGGACGCGCUGAUCAACACUUUGCUGGAGCAACGAGUGCCCUGGUGCACAGAGAAGGACCAGCAAGACCGGUGGUCCGAACCGAGCUCCAAGCUCAACCUGGUCAUCCUGGGAGAGAACGGCCUAGCCGACGAGUUGGCCAACGAGAUCAGGGCCCAGUCCGUCCAGGAGGAAUAUACAUUGGACAAUGUGAUUUACUCCCUGGAGCUGCGACCCAUCGACGGGGAUGUUGAGAGACCUCAGAACAGCCUGCAAACCGUGGACUUCACACCCCAAGGUUGCAUAUGCACCUUCAGUUCCCUGGACGAUCUGGGCUACAUUGCUGACAGUCUGCGGAAAGGCCAUUUGCUAAUGUCCCCCGAAGGUCCGGAGAGUAUCUAUGCCACAUUGCAGCCAGAAUACCCAGUCGUCCUGCUCUUUGCACGGGACCUGUCAGUGCCAGAGUCGGAUAUUGCUCAGAUGAGAUUGGAUGUGGAGAAACUGGCAGAGAAAUUGUUCGACUGCAUCAUUAUCGAAAUGCCGACCGAAGAAACCAUCAUGUGGCAUGGGAAGAAGUUCCACAACACGCAGAUCCGCAAGUCGAUCCAGUCGAUUGUGGAGAGCCGACGGCGGUCCGGGCACGACCGAGACGACGAGUCACACGACGGCAGCCAGUGCGACCCGACCCUGAGGUAUGACAAACCCUCCCUGUACGAUACCAUCAUCCAGUCCAGCGACAAGGUCCAGUCCUUCCUGAGCAGCGGCAGCGGGAAUAACACCCCGUCCAGCCGCGGCUCGGACGAUCUGUCCGCACAGGCCCCGCUCGCGACCCGCCCCAAACUAAUCGAGUCCGAGUCUCAUUUUGAAUUCCACAGCCGGGCGGCGAAGAGAGAGCCCCUGCCGGUCAAAUGCCCCUCCGUGGGCGAAAGGCCAGGCUAUGAAGACACAAUUAGUGACGAAGAAGAAAUGGAUGAGCCCAUUUUGAGCAUCGGUAUGGCUCUCAUGUGCGGAGACCCCAACCUCCCUGAGCUGGUCCUCGGGCCCAUCGUCAGCAACGACACCUGCUGCCGUGACCUGCAGCUAAAGCAGACGGUCAACGUGGACAUGUUCCUGAACACGGUUAAGCGGCGGGUGAGCAUCGAGAUCACCUCCUUCCACCAGGCCAAACUCUACACAGAGGACGUCCACCAUGGCUACAUCCUAGUCUACUCCACCAAGCGGAGGGCUUCCUUUGAAACGCUGAAAUUCUUUGUGAAAACCGUCAGCCCCAUCCCCAUCGAGAUUGUGGCCGUGUCGGACAGCGAGAAAUUCUCCUCGGACUAUGAGAUGCAGGCGUUGAUAGCCGAGGGGAACAAGCUGGCCGACGAGACAGAGAACUGUACCUUCAUCAUGGCCGGUGCCAACUUUGGCAACCAAGCGCUGGCCUACUCGACGUUUUUCACAGAGGCAUACGAUAAGAUGGCCGAGACAGAGAUAGCCCACGAUAAUCUCUUCGGGCCGGGCUUUGACGAUGACCAGUUUGAGGAGGAGAGGCAAGCUCUGAGAACACCAAUUGAGCCACCACCGUCUGGAUUUGGAGAGAAUGUGUACGCCAGGCCGCAAGUUGUGAAAGGUGUCAUAUACCCACCUGCACAAACUGUAGUGUCCAGCACCUACAGUAGAGCAAGGGCACUCUCCGCCGGUGAAACCCCGUCAACGAUGGCACCCCCGCCAUCUUCCAGAGUGUACGAUCACCUAGUAAGACCGAGUGACAUAAAAAGUCAGCAAAAAUUGUUACGGAAUCAAGAUAGACGAAGUGAUGAAGCCUUCUACGAUCAACCUGAGAGGUUGCCGACAAGCCCAAGAAGAUAUCCUAACCACAAGAGUGAAGAACCAGUUUAUUGUGUAGUUCAGAAGGAUCGGAAGGGAGAGAAUCAGCAGCAGACCCCGAAAGAUGCCAUCGAAGAGCCUGGCCAUAGUUUGUCCAACAAAAAGCCAGGAGUGGAGCUGCCAUCCCCAGGAGCAAAGGACACUGGCGAAGAGCCCGUUUAUGGUGCAGUCCAGAAGCCGCCCAAGCAGAGACCUGAAGUGGCUCCGAGGCGGCGGAAUAGCGCCCAGUCUCAAGGCUCUAAAGAUACAGAGCCCGUUUAUGGUGUAGUCCAGAAGCCGCCCAAGCAGAAACCUGAAGUGGCUCCGAGGCGGCGGAAUAGCGCCCAGUCUCAAGGCUCUAAAGAUACAGGCGAAGAUUCUUUUCGUCGUCGUUGCAAAACAGAGGUCAAGCGUAGAUCACAGGAAGACCCCAGUCGUGCAUCAUCAGAAGAAGGGAGGCGUAAGCAUCGUAGCCUGAGCCGCAGCCUGAGCCGUUCCUCGUCCACGCGCAGCUCAGAGGCUGAGGACGAGCAAGGAAUGAUGGAUAACAUCAUUUAUGACACAAGUGGGCCGCGGAAUGGUUCUGCUCACUAUGCUUCCACACAACUCUUUGAUGUCCACUCAGGUGACCAUAUGGUCCGCAACCCCAUCUACGAUUCAGCAGAGGGCACGCCCACAGCCCGCCCCAAACCGGCCGUCCCACCCAAACCGCUGAACAUGGCUCAUUACCAACAAGUUGUCGACAAACUUAGCAAACCGCGAGACCCCCACCUCGGGGGCGGAGCUGGAUUGGUCCGACCUAACCACCUCCCCUUCACCGCCAACGCCACGACGGCCCCAGGCAGGCACGGGCACGCCCCCCGGGCGCCUUUGGCCACGCCCGAAAAGGGGGUGUUCUCGAGCCCGGUGGAGGCGCUAAAGCACGCCUUUGGUGUUGGGGAACAUGGCAACUCGCAGGAUGCUCAUUCCAGAGGGAUGAGACAACGAGGUCACAGGGUUCAUGCUGCGGACGACGGGGAUGAGGAAGCUGUCUACGCCACCGUCAAUAAGAGCAAUUUUGGCAAGGUCGUCAAUGAGUUCGAGAAGCAACUGCCAAAAGGAAACACGAGCAGCGAUAGCGACAGCAAAGGGAGCGCCGAGGCGGACCGAGACCACGCCCACCGGAAGAAGCGGGGCAGCUUCCGCAGGAAGAACAAGAACAGGGACCUGGUGCCCCCAGGCGAGUUCAACGACAACAGCCCCCUCCCCCAGGGGAACACGGAAGACCGCACCUACGACCAGGUGGUGUUCUCGCCGGGUAGUGAAGGGGUCGACCCCAAAGUCCGAACUCGGCAACUUCGGGAGGAGGAGAAAAAUCGCAAGAAGGAAGAAAAGCGAAAGCAGGCCGCCGAUAAGAAGAGGGUGAAGGCGCAGCGGCAGCAGCAGCGCCAGCAGCAGCGGCAACAGUCUAAGAAGAAGGCCAAGAAGAAGGCGCCGGCCUAUGCCCCGUACCUGGACGCCAAGCCCAAGGGUGAGGCCCUGGAGGAUAUCGUGGGUGAGGACGACCCCGUGCCCAAGUUUGUCCAGCGCUGCAUCGAGUUCAUCGAUAAAGAAGGACUCACACAAGAAGGUAUUUACCGCGUCUCCGGAAAGCAAGCUGACUGUGAUCUACUCACCACAAAGUUCAAGGAAGAUCCGAAUAUUUCCAUCUACUCGAUGGAGGUAUCCUGCCACGCCGUGGCGUCUGCCGUCAAGGCGUUCUUCAAGAACCUGCCCGAUCCCCUCAUACCGCACGGGCUGCAGUCGGAGCUGCUUCAGAUGUUCAAAGGGAAAAGUACUGAGGAAUUCCUCGACGCGAUGCCAGAAUUCUUCAACAAGCUUUCCCCCAUCAGGCUAGCCAUUCUUAGAUUCCUCAUGCAGCAUUUUGCCAGGGUGUGCUCCCACAGUGAGGUCAACAAGAUGGCGGCCCAGAACCUGACAGUCUGCUGGUGGCCCACGCUCCUCCACCCGGAGUUCAAGAGCUUGGAGGACGUGGCCAACGAGUCGCAGCUCUCGGCCUUUGUCGAGCAGUGGGUGCAGCACUCGGAGAAGCUCUUCGGCAUCGCCAAUGCCGGUCUGGAAGCCGGGGAGGACAAUGGCGAGGCAGAGUUGCCACCGCCGCCGGCACCAGAAAUCCCUGAGGAUCCCCUCUACGCCCAAGUGCAGAUACCGAACCCGCUGGUGCCCACCGAAGAGGUUAUUUAAUAUGACCUUUGACCCUUUCUGGGUCAGGGAAGCACUCGAUGUUGUAUACACUACUAGCAGCGUUUUCGGCCUGAACCCGAUCGAAUGGAAUCAUCCUGAUUAUAGGGUAAUUUAGUCCGACCUUUGGCCCUUUGAGCUCCAGACUAUUGGACAACAUGACCUCUGACUCACAGGUCAUGACUAAUGUCUUUUAAAUGUGAUAUAUUCUCCGAUUGACCUUAAAUGCCCUGGAGGUUGACUGAAGCAAAAAGCUAGAGUAACCUGCCAAGGCUCUUUGCACUGGUUACUGCAUUAGAAAGGUCAGGUAUGUUACUUCGUACUAGCGAUAUCCUCAGCAGUCUCCGGUUCCGGUCAAACAAAAUCACGGGAUUCAUUUGCUGCACGUUAAACCAAGCCCCAAAAGCCAGCCUCUCCUUUGAGGAUACUCCUCCACCAUAACGGAAUGUUUGUGGCGUACAGCUCUAAGACUUGCCUGGUCGAAGAUCUGCGUGAAAAUUGAGCCUCAAGCUCUGUGCUGUACACACCAGAGGCAAACUGGAUGGAUCCCGCUGGACUAACGGUGGAAACACCUGUGCUAGUCCGCGUCUGUGGCUCUUUCGUAACAUUAAAUGAAGUUGGUGAAAAAUGAAGGGACUUCGAACUUUAAGAGAUGCAACGACAGCCAGGUUCUUUUAAAGUUGAGAAUCAUGGUGAUCGGAACCACUGUACAUCUGCCAAGCACAAAAGGGCCUGUCUGCAAUAGGUCCCGGGAGCCAAGAGCCUUCACAACCGUCAGUAGUAGUGUCUUCCACAAUAUAUUCAAAGUACUUCACUGGGAUUAACCCAAGUCCUGCAUGCCAAGUGGGUUUACUCCACGGUAACGCUGCAUUCGUAGACGUGUAUAGUUUGUAGUGUACUGUGUUACUGCCUCUUUCAAGCCAUUAACAAUUUCUACCGUCAAAUUCCACCGAGAAGUCCAUUCAUUUGACCCAAAGAGGGGUAUGCAAUCGGAGCCCAUUUUUCCCCAAAACUCGCCAAAGCGUUCACCGUUAGGAGUCUGCGCUUCUGAAAAGUUGCCGGCUGCACUUUCCUGCCAAGCACACAAACCUUUUCAGCAAGGGAUUGGGCCGGUGAGCCAGUUCGGUUUUUCACACGAAUGAGUUCAGUUGAGAAGAAAGAAGGCUUGGGCGCGUGGGGAAGGGGGGGUUGGCGUAUGGUGAGACGGAAAGGGUGCGUACGUACCGCUGUCCGCGAAGGACCUUCGGUUUGGACAUGCACUGUUGGAAUACCAAAUUGGCUCAUUUCUUCAUGUGGGGCGGGCAGUUUGAAAUCUGAUAAGUCAUUACAGGUCACAUGACCAAUCAUGUGGCUAAUCCUCAAGUAAACUACACGGAAAAGAGACUGUAUGGAGGGAAACAAACAUUGACCGUUUUAGUGAGAAGCCUGUCUAUAUAAUUGUGUAAAAUAUUAAAAUGUUAGUUGCUAUUUUUUCAAAUUCUCUCUUACUCAGUACUCACCGAUAUUAAUAUUUGUACGUUGAAAGGAAAAACGCUUUAAACGAGAAAUCUUGGAUAGACUUAUUGAAGAUAACUUUUUUUGUAGUAAGCUGUGUACAUGUAGUUGCCAGGCUAUUGGAUUACCGGGGGGGGUUAAGGCUUAACAUGGUUGCUGCCUUGCCAGUAGGGGUACCUUAUACAGCCAGGCAGCGGUGGCUUUAUACAAUUUCUUGCUGUUCUAUUAUAAGAAAAAAGUGUUGUGUGUAUCGAGGAAAUGAAGAUUAAGUAAGGUAUGAAAAUGAGUAGAACUGUGUAUUAACAGAUAAUGGUGCAGGCUUUUAUUUUGUUCAUGCAGGAAUUCUUUCAUUCUCUAUGAAUAUUAAUGUAAUGUAAAUUGGAUUAUGCAUAUUUAACACUUGUGGGUGUGGCUUCCUUCAGUUAAAAAAUGAAUUGAAUUUGAAUAAAUCUUGUAAUACAUGUACACCAAGAUGCUAUUUUAAUGAAAAGUAUCCAGCAUUUUUUUUUGGGGGGGGGGUUCAGAGAGAAACCAUGUCAGUUCAAGCUUAAUACAAGCCAAGCUAUGUUCAUGUACUCUGUGAAUGAAUAUUUAAAACCAUUUGAAUUGUGUGGAUACAAGUGCAGUUUAUACCCAGUCAUUGAUAUGGACUUUAACUGCAAAAUUUCCUUGGGGUUUAAAUAACAAGUACGUCUAGUGUAGUCAGGAACAAGUGCUUUUAGAGGGCGCAGAAAUUCACUGGUGAAGACAAAAAUCAUGCCCUUAAAGAAUUAAGAGUGAUUGUAAGUUAACCAGAAUUAAUAUUCAUGUUUAUGAAAGCCCAGUUUAAUUUACAUACCAAGCUUUUUGUGCAUAAUUCAUAUUCAGGCGGAGUUAUAAUGAGUACUCUUAGAUGUUGACAAUGCAACCUUUGGAAGCGCAACAACCUGUCUUGCUGCCCUAAUGGGUUUUCUUGUUCCUACAAGUCUAGAUUUUAUCCGUCUGUCGUUUUAGUGCCCUGUCUGACCUAUUCAUUAGCUUUACACAGUCAACGCAAUCUGGUUUUUUUUGUUUUUGUAGUCACUUUCCUGUGCCAGAUCUCGGCUUGAAACCAGAAACGACCAGAGAGAAGUGUUCAUUUCAUAAACAAAGAAAACCUGGUACCUAAAAAUCCAGGACGACCCAGCCUCGAGUCAAGACAGUUGUUGGGAUCGGAUCGUUGACUUGAAGUCUGGUGCAACACACAUGAGGCUUGAAAAAGACUAGGGUGUAAUUCAUUCGCUGCCUGGUAACUUUGCCAACUUAGUUUGAGGGCUUGCGGUUUUCUUUUGAUAUUGGCUACCCAUUUCGGUGCCAAUAUUUAAUUUCCAUAACCGAAAAGAUUCCAUCUGGCUUUGACCACCAAGAUGGUGAAAACAUUCGAUGGGGGAGGGGAACCAGUGACAUCUGACAGAUGAUUAGAAUUCAUGCAGAUGGCCGUCAGGUGUAUUUAUUGACGGGUCUAUCGGAAUUUGCAUGCGAACCUUUAGACUACUUAAAUCAAUAACUGUAGAAAAACAGUUGGAGGCAUCUGUGCGGGCAGGCUGUGAAUCCAACCCACUAGUCUUUUUUCAAGCGUGACAUUUCUCAGAUGGGUAGACUAAAAUUGUCGCCAGAAAUGCCUUGACUAAGGCCUAAGGGAAUCUCCAAAGUGACUGGUCAGACUCAAACUGCUGCCAUCAAAAUUGGAAGAGAAAAAUUUGCGGCUCAACGAAAUCCGAGCAGUUCGACGCUCCUGACGGGAGCAAGUGCACUGUUUAAUGUCAUGCGUAAUGAAGCAUACGUAUGUUUCUCGCAUCCAAACAUUUGUGAAGUGUACGUCCUGCAUCUCGUGGUUCUGUUAACGUUAGGAGCCGCUUUCGAAUACCUUAUAGUCAUUGUGUUCUGUAUAUCUAGGCUUGGCCGACUGAUUUAUACGUUAAACCUCUCGGGAAUGAGCAGUGGAUUGACAUCACAAAAUAAUGAACAAAUUGUGUUCACCAGUGGCAUGGAUGCUUGCUGGGGUAUCACCAAUCCGCGCUUGCGUUCGUGCCCAAAACAUACCAGCUGUGACAGUUGUUAGCACUGCCGCUCUCUCCGUGGAGUUACGUCUUUCAUUUCAGUACCACUCCCAGUGGAUUUCAACCAAAGUCUUUUUGAGUCGAAACCAAUUUUUCCCCUUUCACUAAGAUGUUUUUCUUCGCUGCACACGAGUUGCGGGUAACUACAUGUAGCAAGUAGCCACAAAUGUGAUUGUAAUUUUUUUUAUUCUAAGUAAAGAGUACAAGAAAAAAUGACACAUUGAUAGUCAAAAAGUUUUCAGCAGGAAAUAAGAUCAUCCGUUUAUAUGUAUGACACUUUCAAACCUCAAUUUCAUAUUUUUGAAUGCAUUGUCAAUGACAGAGCACCAGUGUAUUGAAUGCGUAACAUUUCCAAUGUACGUUGGCAGAGCAUGCAUGGGUAAGUUUCUACGUGUUGAUUUGAAACUAUGCCAUGAAAUUACCUAGGGCAGAAAUGUUCUAUGUUUUGAAAGGAACACUAAAAAACUACAAACUUCCGAGAUGCUCCCUGAAUGCAGAUUGUAAAUCCAUCCCUUUACCAAUGACUCCAUUCUGUUCAAAUGCAAACACGCAAAACUUUUCAAAUGGAGACUUUCAUUUUUUAUAUAAAAUUUUCCUGCUCUGUAUAUAAUGUGAAGUACAUGUAUUGACAUCCGAAUGUGUUUUUCUAGGACAAAACUUGUAAACAUCUUGAAUGCGACGCUGGAACCUUCUCAUUACUAAUGGAAAAGUACAAAGUGUGUACUGUAGUUUAUUUCCUUCUAGUUGACAUCACAAGAGGAAAAUAUUUUCUCAGACUUGAUAUGUAACUCCUGAAGAUGUGGGAAAUAAAUCCUUGCCUAACAUGUUUAUUGAAA